UAGCUGUUACACUUCCCGUAUUCCUCGUGUUGCACGCCUCAUAUCUUUGGUGUUGCACUCUUCACUCGUCUCUUCGACGUCACCGCUAAGAUGGAGCCAAUUGCCAUUAUCGGGUUCGCUUUCAAACUGCCUCAGGGUGCGAAAGACUCUGAAUCGCUCUGGGAGAUUCUAGAGGAAGGGAGAAAUGUGAUGACUGACUGGCCUGAGUCUCGCAUCAAUCUUGACUCGUUCUACGACGCCAACCCUCGCAACCAGAAUUCACUCAAAGCGAGAGGAGGACAUUUCCUGGACGAGGAUCCGGGAGUCUUCGAUGCGCCAUUCUUCUCCAUUACGGCGAAAGAGGCAGCGGCUAUGGAUCCCCAGCAGCGAUUCAUGCUUGAGACGUCAUACCUAGCUUUAGAGAAUGCCGGAAUUCCGCUGGACCAGGUGUCAGGAUCCCAAACGGCAGUCUACGAGGCAAGUAUGGCGGAUGACUACAGCCAAAUUCUAUUCAAAGAUGGGGACAACAUGCCCCGGACCACCGCAACUGGAACUGCUCACGCCAUCCUGGCAAAUCGAGUGAGCUGGUUCUUCAAUUUUCUUGGUCCCAGCAUCCACAUCGAUACCGCUUGCUCCGGUAGUAUGGUGGCGAUCGAUCUUGCUUGCGGUUCGUUGUGUAACGGCGACAGCUCCAUGGCUUUAGUGGCGGGGUCGAACUUGAUCCUGAGUCCCGAGGCGUCCUUGAUGCUAUCUCGAAUGAACUUCUUGUCACCAGAUAGUGUGUGCCAUAGCUUCGAUCACCGGGCCAAUGGGUAUGCGAGGGGAGAGGGGACCAUUGUAGUGGUACUUAAGCGACUUUCAGAUGCAAUCAGCAACGGCGAUACCAUUCGCGCCGUAAUCCGCUCGACGGCUACGAACCAGGAUGGUCAUACGCCCGGCCUCACUCAACCAAGCGCUCUUUCUCAAGAACAGCUUAUCCGAAGGGUAUAUGAGAAAGCAGGAUUGGACUUUGGACUGACGCGCUACAUCGAAGCUCACGGUACAGGUACUCCGGUGGGUGACCCACUAGAGAUGCAGGCCAUCGGUAGGGUGUUUCGCACUAGCAGGACUCCGGAGGAGCCGCUUUAUGUUGGUUCGAUCAAAGCCAACAUCGGACAUCUGGAGGGCGGUAGUGGCUUGGCUGGUGUUUUGAAGUCCAUCUUGAUGUUGGAGAAAGGUGUUCUCCCACCGAACGCGCUCUUCGAGAAGGUCAAUCCUCAGCUUGACACCGAGUUCUACAAUAUCAAGGUCCCUACCGAGUUGAUGAGGUGGCCAUCCGAAGGGCUUCGCCGGAUCUCAGUCAACUCAUUCGGAUUCGGUGGAACCAACGCUCAUAUCAUCUUGGACGACGCAUUCCACUAUUUGCGUGCGCAUAAUCUUGCAGGCAAUCACUGCACUUCAUCAAUUCCACAUAAUCGCUUCACUAAUCCGACACCGGAAGAUCUUGUCAAUGGCGACACCAUGAUCCGGCUCCACCGUGAGAAGGCCGCACCAAACGGAACGCAGGACCACGAACAUACCAAUGGUACAGGCCUUAUAAGCGGGGCAUACAAGCAUAUUGAGGCUAAUGGUUUUCGCGACCUGGGAUCUUUAAACGGUGCAUGCGAAAACAGAAUUACGAACGGCCUGCAUGGACUUAGUAUAACUAAUGGCUUUCGGGCACCGCACACCAACGGAGUUUUGGAGCCAUGUACUAACGGUGAUGCCCCCAAUGGGCCACGCAGCGCAGUAGAAGGCCCUCAAUUACUAGUAUGGUCCGCAGCCGACGAAAACGCCUUGAACAGGACAGUCCAGAGUUACCUGCCGUACUACCGCCAGCGUAUAUCCGAAGAUCCUUCCAAGUUGAAAAAGCUCGCGUUCACACUGUCCGCUCGACGAACUGCAAUGCUCUGGAGGUCGUUUGCAAUCGUCAAUCCCGUGUAUUCUGAUCCAGAAGCAGACCUUUCGGUCUCGAAGCCCCAUAGGUCUUCCCAGACUGGUCUAGCCUUCGUGUUCACCGGCCAGGGAGCGGAGUACGUGAGGAUGGGAGUGGAGCUCUUGCAGUACCGCGUUUUUAGCGACACACUGCAGCAGUUUGACGAUGUUCUUGCGAAGCUAGGUUGUCCUUGGUCACUAUUGGAGAAGCUCGAGGGCUCCGAGAGCCUUAGCAGGCCGCAGUAUAGCCAACCAAUUUGCACCGCGCUGCAAAUUGCCCUCGUUGAGCUUCUAAAGAGCCUAGGAAUCGCGCCCAACGCUGUCGUAGGGCACUCAUCGGGAGAAAUUGCGGCAGCAUACUCCAUCGGCGCCCUGUCUCUUGAGUCAGCAUGCAAAGUAGCGUACUAUAGAGGCCUUCUUGCGGAAAAACUUUCGAGAAUUAGCCCGAUCCGAGGGUCGAUGAUAUCGGCCAACCUUUCUAGCGACGAUGUUCCUGGUUACUUGGAAAGGAGGAUCGAAGACGCUACGAUCCGCUCCAACGUGGCUAUCGCAUGUAUCAACAGCCCUCGCAAUGUCACCCUGUCCGGAGAUGAGAGCACCAUUGACCUUCUGAAAGACAAGCUCGACGAAGACAACAUAUUUGCUCACAAGCUCAAAACCGGUAUGGCAUACCAUUCGCCGGCCAUGAAGGCUAUCGCAUCAGAGUAUAUGGAACUCAUGGGAGAGCUGACACGGGCCGCUACUGGAUACCGAUCGAUUCCCAUGAUUUCGACCGUGACGGGAAAGCCUGUGGCGCCAAAGCUGGUUUCCAGAGCCCAUUAUUGGGUGAGCAACUUAGUAUCCCCGGUUCGUUUCGUCGACGCGAUGCAAUCAAUACUCGACGCCAGCUCCAAGGUUCAACUUGGCCUACCCCGAAUGAGGCCCGUAUAUGAUUUAGUGGAAGUAGGUCCUCACUCUGCGCUUCGUCGGCCGUGCAUGGACAUCAUCGAGCGGAAUCCGCGGAAAGCUGAGGUCCGAUAUACGUCGGUUCUAUCCAGGAACGAGUCAUCCGCAACCGCUCUAUUGAAGCUUAUCGGGACGCUGUUUACCUAUGGGUACGCAGUUUCAGCUACUGCCGCAAACAAUCAAGGAGACGCGAGUAAGCCUGGCGCUUCAUUCCUCGUCGAUACGCCUCAGUACCCAUUCGACCGAUCCCAACGAUACUGGCAUGAGACUCGGAUGAGCUACGACUAUAGGAUGAGAGGCCAAGUCCCGCGAGACGUCCUUGGUGCCCGAGCCCAGGACUGGAACCCGCUAGAACCAAAGUGGAGGAAGAUCAUCAGCACCGAAGAGCUGCCUUGGGUACAUGACCACGUCGUCAGUGGCAGUUGCAUCUACCCAGCCACUGGUAUGCUCGUCAUGGCCAUCGAAGCCGUCAAACAGACUGUACCCGAGAACAAGAUCGUAAAGGGCUUUUUGAUCAAGGACGCCGAGUUUAAGAGUCCGAUUACCCUGAGGUCUGGACCGGACGAUGAAAGCAGGGUCGAGACGGUUAUCAAUCUGCGGCCGAUUCGCAAGCCAUACGAGAAGGAAUCAAAGUGGUUCGAAAUUUGGAUCUCCACCUAUCACGAGCAGACCUGGACAGAGUGCUUCCGUUGCACAAUUCAGGUCCAGUUGAAUGAGCCCCAGACCCAGGUCGAUGGCGGCAAAGAGCUCAUGCUUGCGCAUGGAGAUGCUUUGGCGGCCUAUGGCAAUGCUUCAGCCAGCUGUAAGAGACCCCUGCAGUCGCGCACUUUCUACAAAUACUGUAGUGAUCGUGGCAUUACGUAUGGGCCGUCCUUCAGCAUUCUUGAGAAUAUCCGCUGCCAGGAUGGGUAUACCGCUGUUGGCGAAGUUGAUGUUUCACUACCAACCGCAGAAUACGAAGGUCUUGUUCAUCCUGCAAUCAUUGAUGCAGCGUGUCAAGUCUGUUGGUUGGCGCCGACGAGAGGGCUGACAGAUCAAAUCCCCACCGAAGUCCCUCAUCGGCUGCGGGACACAUACAUCACUGCUUCGGGUUGGAAGAGCCCUCAGACAUCGCGAGUACGAAUCGCAUCCACAGCCCGUUUCAAAGAAGGUGGCAAAGGGGUGGAGGGUAGCGUUAUCGUCCUUGCCGACGAUGGAUCUCUGUUAUGCAAAGUCGGCCGACUGGAAUUAUCUCCCGUAGCAGAUGAUAGCCAGCACAGAGGUCUCGACCGGAAGCUACUACAUGGUAUCCAGUGGAAGCCAUGUUUGUCUAUGUUGCGCCCUUCCGAGAUAGCAACCGCAUGCGAGGCAGAGCGCUUCACAGGAGACGAGUAUGCCAUGAUCGAAUACGACCAGAAGCUCACGAUGGCGCUCUGCCUGGUAAUUGAAGAGGCGCUGGCACAGGUGUCCGAACACGAUAGAAGAAUGGCUCCGCCUCAUUUGGAGAAGUAUAUCUCAUGGAUGGGACGCGUCCAACAGGAGCGCAGCGCGUCGACCAAAGAACUGCGGAAUUCUGAGCCACCUCUUGACCAGCUGCUUGCUGAAGUCGAGGCCUUGAAACCUGACUGGACAUUGUACAUCUCCGUCGCUCGCAACCUGCUUGCAAUUGUCAGAGGAGACGUGGAUCCCCUUGAGCUCAUCUUCUCCACUGAUCUCGCAGAACGCUUCUACGCAGACAUAUUCCACAGUAUGUGCGACCAUCGGUUCCGGACAUUCCUAGAGCUAGCCUCCCAUGAGAAUCCCAAUCUUGCCAUCCUCGAAGUGGGCGCUGGGACAGGUGGCUUUACAAGCCACGUUCUCUCGGCUCUCGGAGACCUUGAGCAAUGCAACGGUGGCACGAGAUUCUCUCGCUACAUGUACACAGACGUAAGCCAUGCGUUUUUCGAAAACGCCCGGGUUAAAUUUCGACAAUUCGAGAACCGCAUGGAAUUUAAAGCACUAGAUCUCGAACGGGACAUCUCGAAGCAAGGUUUUGAGGAAGGUGCGUACGACAUGGUAGUCGCUGGAAGUGUUCUUCACACAACAAAGAGUUUGAGUAGCACCCUUCAGAAUCUCCAGAAAGCUUUGAAGCCGGGAGGCAAGCUUCUUUUCUUCGAAAUCACCGGACCCAACGCGUUUGCAUUGCAGUUCGGCUUUGGAACCCUCCCCGGCUGGUGGCGCGGCACUGAAACCUGGCGGCUGGGCGACCAUGAUCAAGUGACAACGGAGUGGCAGUGGGAUGGCCUGCUGAAGCAGAACGGCUUUUCCGGGAACGAUCUGGUCCUGCGAGACUAUCCGAAUGAUGCUUGUCACAGUUGGAGCAUCAUGGCUUCGACAACGACAACGACUCCAGAAGAAUUGACUUCGAAAUCUCGGAUCGUACUUUGCUAUGAUCAUUCUUCUACAGCUCAGGAAAACCUCGCCCAUGCCAUCCGCGAUCGUUUCUCUCAGUCGGGUUCAUAUCUUUUCGAGGUUGCCGAUCUCGGGAGCAUAUCGUCUAUUAACAUUGUCCCGGAAGACUAUGUUAUCUUCUUGUGCGAGGUUGGAAGGUCGCUUCUGGAAGGAUUGACCAAGGGAGGAUUCGAAACUUUGCAAUACCUAAUGACCCGAGUCCGAAACGUGUUGUGGCUCAUUUCCGCCGAUAUCGCCGACUCGGGUUACCCCUUCGCAGGGAUGACGACCGGAUUCCUACGAACGAUGAGAUCUGAAUCUAGCAACAGUCGAAUCAUCACGCUCGCGCUGGAAGGAAACGAACGCGAUGUCGAUGCACAUGCUCAACAUAUCGAAUCCGUAUUUCGACACUCAUUCGAGUUGUCUUCCCUUGAGAUGGAGUACGUGGUUCGGAAUGGCCAACUCGCCGUUGGACGCUUGGUCGAAGAAAAGACGAUGAACAACGACGUAUUAUCAGCAGUAUACCCCUCACUAGAGAUGCAGCCAUGGAGUGAGGGGCCGCCGGUUAUGUUCGAUGUGGGUACGCCCGGGACGCUAGAUUCUUUGCGAUUUGUCGAAGACCCAGUAUACCAACAGCAUCUCGGGGCCGAUGAGAUCGAGAUCGAAGCCAGAGCUUGUGGACUCAAUUUCCGCGACGUGUUUAUUGCACUGGGUCGCCUGGAGGAAAAUGAGUUCGGUCUCGACACGGCUGGUUACGUGACUAGGGUCGGAUCCAACUGCUUAGCGAUGAAGCCUGGUGACCGAGUCAUAAUGGUCAGGUGUGGCUCCAUGCGCCAGCUUCCUCGGUCCCAUUACCUGGAAGCGAUCCCUAUUCCCGACGCGAUGACAUUUGAGGAUGCUGUCUCUCUUCUUGCUCCAGCAAUGACCGCGUAUCACAGUCUGGUCAAGAUUGCCCGUCUCCAAAGAGGAGAAAGAGUGCUGAUACAUUCGGCAGCCGGCGCAACCGGACAGCUAGCGAUCCAGAUUGCUCAGAUGAUUGGAGCAGAGAUCUUUGCUACUGUGGGAAAUCUUGAGAAAAAGCAGUUAUUGAUGUCCCUUGGCAUUGACGAAGACCACAUCUUUUACAGUCGAGACACGACAUUCGCACAGGGAGUGAAACGGAAAACAAAAGGAUACGGUGUCGAUGUGGUCCUUAAUUCCCUGUCCGGAGACGGCCUUGUGGCAUCGUGGGAAUGCAUAGCUCCCUUUGGACGCUUCAUUGAAAUUGGAAAGGCUGAUAUCAAAGCCAAUUCCAGCCUCCCAAUGGCCUGCUUCGAGAAGAAUGCUGCAUUCUUUGCGGUUGACCUUCGGCAUAUCUUCGCCAGUAGGAAAGAGACUGUUCAGGAUCUCUUGAAUUGUACCAUGGGACUGUGGGCCAACGGCGAUAUUCAGUACCCGCAUCCAAGACAUGUUUAUUCCGUGUCCGUCAUAGAAGAAGCCUUCCGAUUUCUUCAGAGCGGGAAGAAUACCGGACGGAUAGUGAUCAACAGCAAGCCUUCCGAUGUCGUUCCAAAAUUCCUUACGACUCAUCGAGCCUGGUGCUUCAAGGAAAACGCCUCGUACUUGAUUGCCGGAGGCCUGGGAGGAAUCGGGCGAGGAAUUAGUAGGUGGAUGAUGCGAAAGGGAGUCAAAAGCCUCAUUCUCCCGUCGCGAUCCGGACCGAAGACAGAAGCCGCCAUCGAGCUCGUGGAAGAUUUGCGACGUAAUGGUGUUACUGUGGUAGCACCCAUUUGUGACGUCUCGUCCAUCGAAUCACUGUCUAAGCUUUUGGAAGAUUGCGCAAGAACUAUGCCACCUAUCAAGGGCUGCAUCAACGCUGCCAUGACCUUGCAGGACGCGAUUUUCGACAACAUGACGUUCGAGCAAUGGGAGACCGCCGUACGCUCGAAAGUGCAGACGUCUUGGAAUCUUCACACCCUCCUCCCUCGGAGCCUUGAUUUCUUCAUCCUUCUUUCAUCCUUGGCUGGUAUCUUCGGCAAUGUGUCGCAAUCAAAUUAUGCGGCAGGCAACACUUUCCAGGACGCCUUAGCGCGCUACCGCACCGCCCACGGCCAGAAGGCAUUGUCGAUUAAUCUGGGCUGGAUGCGUACCAUCGGCAUAAUCUCCGAGAAGGAAGAGUAUGAGAAUUUUCGAAUGGCAGGAGCAGAUAUGGCACAGAUUGAAGAGCAUGAACUCAUGUGUCUCCUUGAUCACCAUUGCGACCCUUCGCAAGCCGUCACCGACCCUUUGAGGAGUCAGAUCCUUAUGGGUACUGUGACGCCCGCGGAUCUGCAAGCUGAGGGUAUCAAAGUUCCCGACGUCAUGAGGCGUCCUCUUUUCUCCAGCUUUUCGAUGUCGACUAGCGCGGCGCGGAUGAUGCAGGAUGAAGCCGAAGAUUCUGCGACUCUGUUCAGGCAUGCCGGAACAGAAGUAGAACGCGCCGAAGUCGUCGUAAAAGCCCUGUCCCAGAAGCUGGCGCGAUCACUGUCGAUGCCCGCAGACGAUAUAGACCCGAGUAAACCGCUCUUUGAAUAUGGGGUGGACUCGCUCGUGGCGGUAGAGCUCCGAAACUGGAUCGGCAAAGAGUUCAGAGCCGAUGUUGCUGUGUUCGACAUCAUGGGUGGCGCGACGAUUGCUGCGGUCGGCGCUCUAGUGGCCAAGAAAAGCGCCGUAGAGAAGAAAUGAUUGCGCCCAUAGGGUGCUGUGGUACUGAUAGUGGGAGUGGAUACAGGGCACGCAAAGUAUGCUAGAUAGACAUUAGAUGUAACUCUCAAAGGCCUACUUUUAACGAGUUCUAAC